AUGGAGGAAGAGAUCUCCCUUUUAUGUAAGGGCCUCAAGCUCACGGAGGAGGAACAACAAGAACUCCACCUUACGGAGGAGGAGUUUACACUUGCCCAAGAUAUCAGUAACUUAUGCCUGGUUGCACUGCUCAGUUGUUCAAGACAAGCCUCUGAUGGUAGCACUCCACAAACAUCUCCGCUUCAAUAUGGCCCUUGGCUUAGAGCUGACUCAGCUCAAAAGCCAUCUCACUACAAAGCACAAUCUAGUAGCUCAGAGGGGAAGGCUACAGGAAGUGGUCGGCAAGCCAGCUCCGAUGAACAAGGAUCAGAUUUUGGCGGGAAUAACAUUUCUUACAAGUCAACUGAUCUACCGCAAACAGUGGCAUGUGUUUCUUCUGAUAAGGCCAUCCCAACUUGUCUCAAGAAGUCAAUAGCUGAAGAGGUCAGGAACCCAUCUCCCAAUAGGCAAGUAGAGGCUACGCAUCUGGAUACCAGUAUGGUCCAUGUAGCAGACAGUCACCAAAUUCGGACUAUACAGAAAGAAUUGGAUGCCUCCCUAGAGGCAAAUGAUCUUAAGUGGCGACAAAGAGCUAAACAGAGAUGGCUCAAAGAAGGUGACAGGAACACCAAGUUUUUUCACAAGUGUGCAUCGGUCAGAAGGCAGAAAAAUCUUAUCCACAAACUCCAAUCUGAGUUAGGGCAAGUUUUGACAAAUCCUAAUGACAUUGGGGGUGAAUUCCAAUCUGUUUUCAGAGACCUCUUCACUUCUUCAAACCCCACUGCCCCUAACUCUCUUCUGGAGAACUUCAGGCCUACUGUUAUGCAUGAGAUGAACCUGUCCCUUACUAAGGUUUAUUCCAGAAGGGAGAUAGAGCUAGCCAUUUUCCAAAUGAACCCUCUGGGAUCCCCAAGACCAGAUGGUUUCCCUGCUGUUUUCUUCCAAAGUCACUGGCAUUUGAUUGGUGAUGAUGUGGUAGCUGCUGUCCUAGAAUUUCUCAACUCCAAGUCAAGCUUCCAGGGUAUCAACCAGACUUUUAUCACCCUCAUUCCCAAGAAGAAACACCCUGUACUUGUCACAGAUUAUAGGCCCAUUAGCCUUUGCAAUGUUUUGUACAAAAUCAUUGCAAAGGUUAUUGCUAAUCGUCUCAAAACCAUCCUGCCUUUUCUAAUAUCAGAUUCCCAAAGUGCCUUUGUUCCAGGUAGGAUCAUUUCUGACAAUACCAUAGUGGCAUAUGAACUAAUGCACUUAAUGCAGAACAGAAGGAGAAACCACAAAGAAGGUUUUAUGGCCCUCAAGCUAGAUAUGAGCAAGGCCUACGAUAGGCUAGAGUGGUCGUUUGUGCAAUUUGUGCUCCAACGUAUGGGAUUUGAUACAGAAUGGAUAGAACUGAUUAUGGAGUGUAUUGGCACUGUCUCCUACUCAAUUCUUCUUAAUGGAUCACCUCAAUCUCCCUUCGAGCCAUCUAGGGGUUUACGUCAAGGAGAUCCCCUCUCACCCUACUUGUUUAUACUAUGCUCUGAAGUUCUCACUUUUACUUUGAAUCAAGCUGAACAAAAGGGCUUAAUAUCUGGCUUCCCUAUCUCUAGAGGCUCUCUAUCAGUUAAUCAUCUCUUUUUUGCAGAUGAUAGCCUGGUAUUUUGUAAAGCUAAGUUGCAGGAAUGGGGCAGGCUACAUAACAUCCUCUCGUCUUAUGAAUUAGCUUCAGGUCAAAGGCUAAAUCUUGAGAAAUCCUCUAUCUAUUUUAGCAAGAACACAAGGCAAGAGAUCCAAGACUCCAUCCUGACUACAGCUGGUUUCAAAGCGUCGAGGCCUUUUGAAAAAUAUCUGGGGUUACCUUCUCACAUUGGCAAGAGCAAAUUAAGGGCCUUUCUUCCCAUUAUUGACAGAAUAAAAGCACAAAUGACAAAUUGGAAAACAAAUCUGCUUUCUCCAGCAGGUAAGGAAGUAUUGUUGAAAUCAGUCAUUCAAUCCAUUCCCACUUACUGCAUGGGCAUCUUUCUAAUUCCCAAGGGCUUCCUAUGGAACAUUAAUAAACUGCUACAGUCAUUUUGGUGGGGAAUUAGAAACCAGAAUCCUAAAAUGCACUGGCUAAGUUGGAAGGGUCUUGGAAAGGGUAAACAGGUUGGCGGUUUGGGAUUCCGUGACUUUGAAGACUUCAAUAGAGGUCUAUUAGCUAAGCAAGGGUGGAGGAUCAUCACCAAUCCCCAAUCCUUGGCCUCUAGAGUUCUAAAAGCCAAAUACUUUCCAUCAAGUGACUUUGCUUCAGCAAGAGUUAAAAGAAAUGAUUCUUAUGUGUGGAAGAGUAUUAUAGCAGCAAGGUCAUUACUAUAUGAGGGCCUUCUUUGGAAGAUAGGUAAUGGAAACAUAGUGAAGAUUUGGUCAGAUCGAUGGUUGCCCAUCCCUUCAUCUAACAAAUCCCAGUCCCCUCCAAAGGUUCUCAACUCAAAUGCCACAGUUAACACUCUCAUCGACCAAGACACUCACUCUUGGAAUUUACACCUGGUUCAAAAUGUAUUCACUCCUGAGGAGGCUGCCAUCAUUUCCAGAAUUCACAUUAGUCCUUGCAACAGGAGUGACAAGCAAGUUUGGAGAUGCACUAAGAAUGGUAUAUUCUCAGUAAAAUCAGCAUACCAUCUACAAGUCUCUAUGAAUGGGAUCAGUAAGGGGCAAUCAUCAGAAUCGACCAAACAUGAGGCCUUAUGGAAACAAUUAUGGAAGCUACAGGUGCCAACCAAUAUCAAAAUGUUUCUCUGGAGAUCAGCUAAAGAAAUCCUUCCCACCAGAGUUAAUUUACACGAAAGGAAGAUCAUUGAAAUUCCCAUGUGCCCUAUUUGCUUAACUAUACCAGAAACUGUUUCUCACGCUCUUUGGACAUGUAAGGCAGCCCAGGAUGUUUGGUGCAGUAGCUCAAGAAGACUUCAGAAAAGUAGGACUGAGGACAUACCCUUCUUUGACUUGCUAAAAGAGCUUCUAUCCACCCUACCACCAGAGGAACUUACUAAGCUAGCUCUCACAGCAAAAGAAAUUUGGUAUAGAAGAAACAAACUUAUCUUUGAAUCCAGAUUCGAGUCUCCUCAACAGGUACUAAAACGUGUGUCCAAUUGCAUGAGAGAUUUGGAGGAGCUAACAAGGAACCAACAAAAGCACUCUACCCAGCAUCAACCUCCAGCCAAGUGGUGCAAACCUCCAACCAACUUCUAUAAAAUAAAUUGGGAUGUAGCCAUCGACAAGGUCAACUGUAGGGUGGGCAUUGGGGUGUCUAUCAGAGAUUGGUCAGGUCUUUUCACAGCAACACUUAGGAGCCCAAGUAACGCUUUUCCUGACCCCACUCUGGGAGAAGCACUCGCUGCAUUACGAGCCGUGCAAUUUGGAACUGAAAUGGGAUUACGAAAUGUCAUUUUCGAAGGGGACUCACUCCUAGUGGUGAAUGGCAUAAACAAUCUAGCUGAAGACUGGCGCUCGGAGGGGCUGAUUUAUCAAGACAUCAAGCAACUACUAGGCAAUUAUUCUUCAUGGUCAGUUUCUCAUGUUCCUAGACAGGCCAAUGUAGUGGCGCACUGUCUAGCAAGAAGUUCCCUAGAGUUAGAUGAGGACUCAAUCCAUGUAGAGGACUAUCCUCAUUUUUCUUUCCCUGUUUUGGUUAAUGGGGAGUCUCAUGGACCUAUUCUGCCUACUAGGGGAAUUAGGUCUUCAUUCUUGGAGGUUGACUACCUCGAAACAAUCAGAUUACAAGGGCUUAUUACAAUUGGUAUUAGUUGCCAGUGUGCCAUGCUAGAAGGUACACGAUCCUAUGCUCAAGUUGUGGAUAACUUUCAGGAGGAGUGUCCUAAUGGUGAAGUUAAUGAAGUCGUGAUUGAAGUGCAACAUCGGGAGUUUAGUGAUCAAGGCUAUCAUAAAGGCAUUAAACUGGAUUUUCCCAGGUUUAGGGCGAAUCAGUAUUUUCUUUAUCAUCAAGUCCCACAUGGUCAAAGAAUUUUCUUUGCCUCUUUUCACAUGGACGAGGAGGCUUUGAUCUGGUUUCAGGAUGCAAGUGAUGUUGGCACUUUCCAUUCGUGGGAGGAGUUUGCUAGAGUAGUGUGGGUGCGAUUUGGAUCAUCUGCUUAUGCUGAUCAAAUGGAGGCUUUAACACGAUUAAGGUAG